CCGUAGUCCACUGCAACUCGGGGGUUGGUCGUUCCGGGGCAGUGAUCUACACCAUGAUCUGCUACGACCACCUACUGGCUUCCGGAAAACUGGACGUUAUAGCAGUACUAGAAGGUGUGCUGCAGGACCGAGCUAGUCUUGUCGACAGCCCCCAACGCUUCCAACUCUGUCUCCAGCUGCUGGACGAGCUCUUGUUUGGUUUCAAAACUGUAACAAGCGAAAACGAAUUCCAUGGAAAAUUUCUGCAGCUCCUGCAAGAAUGCCCCGAAUGGCUUGCAGGAGUUAAUACUCUGCCAUCAUCGCUGACGUUUUCAGAAGCGCGUUCGAAACAGUACACCGCGUGCAACCGUUCACCCGAAGUUUUGCCGGCGGACAGAUAUCGAAUCUCCAUGCAGAACGCUAUCGGACAAUCUCAGUACAUCAACGCAAUACUACUCGAUGGACUCCAGAAAGAUCGAGCCUACAUCGUCACGGAACAUCCACUUCCAGGCCGUUUGGAGCAUUUCUGGAACCUGGUGCUCACUCAAAAAACCCCGGCUGUUGUGGUGCUCAACGCCCGGUACGAUGAGAACUUCCCCGAGCUGCUCCCUCCAGUCGGCGCUACACUGAGAGCGGCGACGGUGGAGGUGAAGACGGUAGCCAAGAUGGCCGCGGCUUCUCACCUCAUUUGCCAUCGCGUUUCUGUCGCAGUCGGCGCGACAUCAGCUGCAGUGUUAGUGUACGAGGUGAUGGACUGGCCUCGCGGGAUGGCCUGUCCUCUUGACGUCAGUUCCUUGGUCCGCCUUGCCGACACUUGCUGCAGCUCACCCAACAAGUCUGCAGGGCCCACUGUGCUCGUCUGCGGGGAUGGCGUGACUGCCUGUGGCCUGGCAGCGGGCGUCCUGAGCGUCGUCGACAGGCUGAAGGAGCAGCAGGACAUCGACGUCUACAGGACCGCCGUCAAGCUGCGCCGCUACCGCCAGCAGUUCAUCAUCAAUGAGGCGCAGCUGCAGUGCAUGCUUCAGGCAGCCAGGACUUACCUCAGCGACUUCCGCGUGUACCAAAACUGACAGCAAAAACCCACCAAGGUGAAGUGAGUUUGACGUCACUGGAGGGCAACUUGACUUUCAAGAACUGGACUUUGCGACGGUCAUCGUCUUCGCUGCUGGACGGGACUAAAUUGUGCCGUCUUUACUGACUUGUAACUAAAUUGUGCCCUAUAGAGACUUGAAAGCUGUAACAUUCGUUUCAAGUCUGUGCGACGCUUUUAUUUUUUAAAUUAUUUGUUAUUUGUUUGGCAUAAAUUGUAUCCAGGUAUAUACACGUUUUGUUUACAUGCUGAGAUGCAUAUUAAAAUUCAAGACAAAUUCAAGAAACUAAACUAGUUUAUAAAUGCAUUUAUGCUCACUUUGCGUCACCGUAUGUAGGCAUAACGUCAAGUAGUUUCUAUUUUAGACUGACAGACCAUGAAGUGAGGAGUUACUGAACUGGAUAUAUAUCAAUGCGUCUCUAGCAUUCAACUGAAUGAAUUAAGAGAUUUUAAAAUUUUAGUUUACAAUCUCGGUGCGUUAAUUACCACUUUCGUUUCAAAAAUUUCACACUUCUUGUAUAUUUAGAAUUGAAGCAUAGUUUGACUGCCACGUAUGUUUACGUCGACUUCUUGAAAUUGUAAAUAGAUAAGUUUGUCUGCUUUUUGCUACGUAAUUCGCUUGCUAAUUUAGAUUCGACAUAUUUUUUGUUAAUUUUAAAUUCAAUUGACCCUGAGUUCUAGAAUUUUUGAAACUGAUGACAGUGUAGCUGGACACUGAAGCGCUAUAGAGGUAUUGUCAAUUUUUUAUGGUAUUUCCGUUGCCAUUAAACUUUUUGUGAAUUUGCGGCUCAAACAAUCGGGAGACAUUUAUGCUUUUCUAACAUUCAUUCAAUGAUAUAAUCGUAAUAUGCUGUGUUCUUCGGAAGAAAAUUAUGCAUGAAAAUUGAAGAAAUAGAAUUUUAACGUUUUUUUUACUUUCUAUCUCACUGAUAACGGUUGAUUUCAUCGAGUCUAGUUUAAUGACGCAGUUAACUUUGUUAGCGUUUUAUUGUAACGUUUUCAGACCACUACUGGCCAAUGCCAACACGGGGGCAUACUGAGCAACGCCGGCUACAGGCCAUUAGUCGUUGAAAAACUGCUGAAAAAAUUGAAACUCGCUUUAAAAAAUUUUUAAAAUUUAGUUGUAAUUCUAUGUUUAUUAUUACUCAAAGUAACAAUUCAUGUUUUAAAUGCGUGAUUGUCAUGAGACACAACACAUUGCAGGUUGAGUGCGUUAAUUGCACACUAAACAUGACAGUGCGGAGGUAAUUUAAUCACUGUUAAAAUGACAUUGCCAUAAUCACAGUUAUAAAAUCGUUAACACGUAGCAGCAAUGUUUUUCAUAAUUCUAGCGGCUUGCUCAUUUAUGUAAGUCGUUUUCCCAGUCGGUUUAUUAAUUUUCCAAUGUAUUUCAUUUAUUGAAUGUCAUUCUGAUAAUUUCUUGCGCCAGUUGAGCUCAAGAGCCUACAUUGGGAACUCAAAUCUACGGAAUUAGAGACCAGUAUUUAACUAUGUCAUUCACAUGAACAUUAGUUUUAAGGCGU